GCAGCAUGUUGCACUAGCGCCUGUGGCAGCGCCACACUGGCAACAUUAAGCUUAUUUCCUGGUGAAUUUAGCAUAUUUCUAAAAAUGUGUUUCUAAAUAUUUGUUGUAUCUCCUGUAACUUUAUAGAGACUGUAAAUAUCAGAGGAAGCUUAUUAAUAAUCGUGGUGACUUAGAAAUGAAAGACUGUUGGAAAAAGUGACGUGAGCGCCACGUCACGUCCACCAGGUGAAGGACAGUUACAUCAACCCUCUUAUCUCAAUUAAACUUUUGACCAGUAUGCAAAACACUGCACAAACACCACCUGUACAUUAGAGAUCUGUGCUGUCAGAAAGGCAAAAUGACUGCGUCGAACUGGGGUCUGAUCAUGAACGUUGUAAACAGCAUCGUGGGUGUGAGUGUUUUGACGAUGCCCUUCUGCUUCAAACAGUGUGGAAUUGUGUUGGGUACUUUGUUGCUGUUCUUCUGUUCAUGGAUGACCCAGCAGUCCUGCAUGUUCCUGGUCCACUCGGCCAGUAAUACCAAACGCAGGACUUAUGCUGGACUGGGUGAGAGUGACCAAAAGCACUUUUCAUGCUUAUGGAAAAACAGGCAAGGCACUUGUGGAAUUGAGCAUGAUUGGCCUGAUGCUAGGGACAUGUAUUGCUUUCUAUGUCGUCAUUGCUGAUCUGGGGUCCAACUUCUUUGCCCAGCUGCUUGGGCUACAGGUGACACGGAGCUUCCGUAUCGUGUUAUUGAUCACGGUGUCGCUGUUUAUCGUGCUGCCCCUCAGCUUGCAGAGAAACAUGAUGUCAACCAUCCAGUCCUUCUCAGCCAUGGCGCUGAUCUUCUACACACUGUUCAUGUUCACGAUUGUGUUGUCUUCUCUGCGUUACGGAAUAAUCAGUGGUUCCUGGGUGGAGCAUGUACAUCUGUGGCGCUUCAAGGGUGUCAUACAGUGUCUGCCAAUUAUCGCCACCACCUUCUGCUGCCACCCGCAAGUAUUACCCACUUACGACAGCCUGGAUGAGCCCUCAGUGAAGAGAAUGAGCACAAUAUUUACCUCCUCACUCAAUGUGGUCACCACCUUCUACAUCACAGUGGGGUUCUUUGGUUAUGUGAGCUUCACUGAUAACAUCGCUGGGAACGUACUGAUGAACUUCCCAUCCAACCUGGUGACGGAGAUGAUCCGUGUUGGCUUCAUGAUGUCUGUGGCUUUGGGCUUCCCCUUGAUGAUCCUGCCCUGCAGACAGGCCAUCAACACCAUGCUAUUUGAGCAGCAGCAAAAGGAUGGCACCUUUGCCGCAGGUGGAUAUAUGCCACCCGUUCGCUUUAAAAGCAUCACUCUUUGCAUCGUCUUUGGCACCAUGCUGGGUGGCAUCCUGAUUCCUAACGUGGAGACCAUUCUGGGUCUGACUGGAGCUACAAUGGGUAGUCUGAUCUGCUUCAUCUGCCCAGCUCUCAUCUACAAGAAGCUCAUGAAGAACGCAUGGACUGCACAGCUGGUUCUGUGGGUUGGUCUCGGGAUCCUGCUUAUUAGUACCUUCACCACACUUUCCAUUUCCUCCAAUGAACCGCAGAAAUUCAAACGCCCUCUGGUCGUCCCCCCAAAAGCUGAGGACAAACUUCCCAUCCUCGUCGCCCCUGAGAUGCCCAAAGAUCCUGAGAAUAGAGUGGAGCCUGAUCCAGUAGAGAUAUCAGACAAGCCAAAGCCCCCAAUAGAGGUUGAACAGCCAGCGGAGAAGGUACCAGCAGAGCCACCUCAGAUUAAAGUACCUGUGGAAGUGGAUGAGCAAAAAAAUAAGAAGGAAGAGGUUCAGCUGGACCGCCCUGAAGCAGGAGUAGCGGUCCCAGAUGGGGAAGCACACCGCCAUGAGCCGCCCAACCCUCACGACAAAGUUCAGAUAGAUGAGAUCAAAAACCAGCAAGAGCUAGAAGAGGAGAAACAACCUGCCAUUAAGGAGGAAGACAAGAAGCAACCUGCCAGAGAGGAGGAGGAGCUUCUUGCUGAGCAGGGGGCAGGGCAAGCACAAGAGGUGGAGCAAGAAGCUAUAAAAGAGGAGCAGCUCCCUGUUCUUGUUCCAAAGGAACAGAAAGUUGUGGUGAAAAAGGCUGUGGAUCAGGACCAGCCUGCAGCUAGUGAAGUUCUGAAGAAGGCAGAGAAACCAGAGAAUCAGAAUAAGGUUGAGCCGCUGGUGGUGGUUGUCCGUAAAGAACCAGAGAACCUGCCUGUAGUGAAAAAGAAUUCUGAGAAUGAAGCAGAUGAGAUGGACAAAGCACCUGAACCCCAGGUUGAGAAAUCAAUGGAGUGGGUUCCUGUGCAAGAGCAGAAGGAAGAGAAGGUUCCAGAUGCGGUCAAGGAUGGAGAUGGAGACAAGAUGGAAGUGAUUAAAAAGAUUGUUGCAGAGGGUCAGUUGGACCAUGCUGUGCUGCUACAGGUAAUUAAGGAGCAGCAACAACAGCAGAAAAGGCUUCUGGACCAGCAGGAGAAACUCCUGGCUGUGAUUGAGGAACAGCACAAGGAGAUCCACCAAAAAAAAGAAGGAGAAGAAGAACCAAAGGCAGCAGAACAGCAGAAAAGGCAAGUGGACCAGGAGGAGAAACAUGUGCCUGUGAUUGAGGAGCACAAGGAGGUCCAUCAAAUAAAAGAAGGAGAAGAACCAAAGGCAGCAGGAGAGGGUGCAGGUGAGGUGGAGAACAUUAUGCAGAGGCAGUUGGGGAUGGAGGGAGCAGUAAUACCUAAAGUUGCCUUAGUUACUCCAGAACAAUUUCAGCAACCCCAUGGAGAGCAUGUAGCUGCAGCUGUUGCAGGGCCUGAGGAACUUGUACCAAAAGAACCUGUAGUGGCUCCGGUCGCAGUCGCGGUUCCCCACAACGCCAUUGAAUCCGUGCAAAAUGGAGGUGUUGCAGUUCCUAAACAGGAGGAGCUGGAAUCGAAAAACCAAGAAGGCCUUAACAUGCCAGUGCCUGCAGAUAAUGCAGUGGAUAAGGAGCUCGGUGCCCGAGGUGUUCCGCUGCGCCUACGUGAGCCAGGGCAACCCAAAAUCAAUCCCGACGCUCUCGCGGAGGAGGAGGAAAGGGUGCGACAAAAAUUAGCCCAAUUGGAAGCAAAGAAGGAGCGGAUAGAGAAAGAUAGGUUGGAGGAGGAGACGAUUGAGAAGGAGGUUCAGGCCCGCGUGGAAAAAGAGCGCAAAAAGAGGGAAAGACGUGAGGAACUGGCACGCGAGCAAGAGCUGGAACGUGUUCGACAAGAAAAGGAGCGACUAGAGAAGGAAAGGCUUGAAGCCAAGAGGUUAAAAGAGGAGAGAGAGAAGACCAGGAAGAUGAUCUUGGAGCGUGCUGAGAAGGAGAAAAGGUUGAUCGAGAAUAAGGAAAGGUUAGACCAGCUACAGCUGGUCAUUGACACCAAGAAAGACAGUGAGAAGGAUGAUGAUGCACCCCCCAAAGCUGAACUCCCACCCAAGCCUAAGAAACAAGGAGGCAGGGACUUGAAAGAGAACAUUACCCCACCGGAGGAGCACAAGCCAAAAGAGAAGAGGAGCAGAGAGGAUGGAGGGAUGGAUCUUAGGAGGAGGCGCAGAGCGGUGGACUCUGAAGGUAGAGGAGGUGCUGAUCUGGAUCUUCUGCGGGACUUGGGAGGUUCAGACUUACACACUGCCCUUGAGGAACAUCUACUGGCUGGGGCUCUCGUGCACUCACGCCAGCUUAAACAGACACUCCAGAGUAAGGAGAAUGAUGAGUAGGUUCCUCCAGAAGGAUAAUCUUUCAUCUGGCCUGUGCAAAUUCAUGGUUGACAUGGUACCCAGUCUACUAAACUCUGAAGCCUGUCACCAUACUUUUAAAAUGGACAUGCAAACAUGCAUGCUCAAAUAAAUAGGAAGUGACUUGUCUGUGAGAAGUUGGCUCCUCUUUGUAAAACUAAAUGCCAUUAUCAAAGACAUGACAUUAUUUCAUAAGGGUUUGUGGCGAUAAUGGGCUUUGCUUUGAUCCUUUAGUUUUACACAGGGACUACUGAAUACAUAGUUUUGUGUGAGAUUUAGCUAAAUCUUGUGCAGUAAACGAAAUGUCUACUGUAAUAAACAUAACAUCACAUAAAAAAAAUUGACCUUGAUGGGCACACAGGGACAUUUCAGAAUAUUUAGCUUUGGACCAUUGCAUUGGAAAAAAGUCACAUGUAUUCCCCCCUGUGGUGGAUGUGAUAAUUUUGUAAAAUUUAAAGUUGUUAUUGUGUGUUGAAAUUUUACAGCCUGUAAAUUAAAAUAGAAACCUGAUAGUUUGCCUCUUUAUUUUAAAGAUUUGUUGAUGUCAGCUAAACAAUUAAUGUGAGACAUAGUUUAAAAAAAUUAAGCUUUAAUAAUUCGAAUAACCUGGUUCAGCCCUCUAGAAACUCUCACACCGUUGAAGGGAUAGUUCACCCAAACAUGAAA